UUGUUUACCUACUCACCCACGUGACUUGUCAGCUCUUGCCGCUUGUCGCACUGUCUUCUGCUCGAUCUGUGAAAGGUAUUUUUGUUACAGACUUUUUGUUAACAGAUGGAUAUCAAGAAAGAGAUCAGAGAUCUUGAUGAGAAAGGAAAGAAGCUUGUAGAGGAAGGGCAUUACAGUGAGGCCAUUAGAAUUUAUGAAGAAGCCAGACAGAUGACAGAACAAUAUUUAGAAGUAACAGAUGGAGUGAGACUGGAAGUUCUUCAUAAUCUGGGCGGCACAUACAUUUAUAAUGGAGAAUAUAUGAAAGCACAAGCAAUUCUAGAAAAUGUUUUAUCAGUUAUGAGAAAACAUCCUGAGACAGAUAAUCUCUUACUAGCUGACAUCUUGUCUUCUCUGGGGUAUUGUUACUUUUGUCAAUCCAAGUAUGUUGAUGCCACAUCAUUACUGGAGGAGUGCUUGUUAAUGCAACAGAAAUGCCUUCCAGCUAAUGAUGUGAAUAUGGCCAAGACUAUGAGGAUGCUUGGUGAAUGUUUUAUUAAACAAAAGAAACUGUCUGAAGCAGAAAGAUUAUUGAGACAUUCACUUGAGAUCAUGAAAUCUGCUCACACAGAAUAUCAGGAUGAUCUUGCAAGUGCUCAAUACACACUUUCUCAGUGUCUUAGCGAACAAGGUAAAGUAAGUGAAUCAAUCAAGCUGAUGACCGACUGUGUCAGGAUGUUGAAAUCAAGUCUCCAUCAUGAACAUCCUCAUGUGGCUAGAGCUGUUGGUCAACUGGGAGUGUAUUUAAUGGGAGUAGGAAACUUGGAUGAGAGCGAACAAUACUUGAGAGAAUGUCUGGACAUAUACAGACAUUCACUUCAUGAGAAACAUCCUGAUACAGCACUUCCAUUGAAAUAUUUGGGAGAAUGUCUGAUGAAAAAAGGGAAGAACAGCGAAGCAGAGAAACUUCUCUCUGAAGCUAUCGACAUUGAAGCAGCUGGUCUCCAUCAAGAUCAUCCUGAGAAAAUCUCCACAUUGAUUUUAUGGUCAGAAUGUUUGCUAAAUAUUGCUGACUACACACGUGCCCAGCCUGCUCUAUUUGCUGCUCUUCGAAUCAUCAAUAUUAACCAGCAGCCGAGCAACAGACAGAGAUCCGAAGUAAUGCGUCUACUAAGGAGACUUAGCCCAUUCCAACAGCCACAAUCUGGGGAGACAAUUAUUGGUGAAGGGAAAGCAGAAGUGGAACAGACAGAUGAGAGAAGAAAUAGACUUGAGAGAAAGAAAUCAAUUGAGGAUCAGGGUGACGAUCAUUCUGAUCAAUCUGCACCCACAAUGGAAAAUCUUGACAUUUCUGAUCUGUGCCACCCAUUGUGGGUGGGUGGUACAUUGGAAGUGUUGCACGUUGAUAGCAGUGAUGGCUUGUCAUUCCAUGAGACGAUCGGCAGUGAGGGAGGAGAGCUGAGUGCUGGCAGUGUGAGCAUUACUGUUCCAGCGGGUGCCGUUCAAUCACCAACACAAUUCUCCAUUCAUUCAUUCAUGCAUGAUAAGUAUAUGCCUCCCGUUUUUGCUAGUGGCUACCAAGUGGUCAGUCCAGUUAUUUUUCUUGGUCCCCAUAACGUCUCAUUCAGCAAGCCAGUCAAAGUGUGUAUCAACACCAUAGCUGAUGUGACUUCAGCAGGCGGUUCGUUCACUCUGAUGAGAUGUGAAUCAAGACUCGAUGAGACGAAGUGGAGAUGGCGUGGUGUGGUAGUGUAUUCUCCUGAUACUCGGGAAGUGCAGUCACACAUUCCAUUUGAUCCCAACAGCUGGUCAGUGGAGGUGACCAGUUUUAGUGGUUGGGUGUGGCUUGUUAGUUUUAUUAAGAGCCCAACCAUUUUAUUCAGAAGGAAGAUGGGAUGUGUAGUUCUUGGUCGAAGUCUUUCUUCUUGCAAAUGGUCAUUGUCUGUGCAUCUUUUCAAUUUAUAUGAAGAAAUAGGGCAACAAAUCAUUAGGAAACAUGAAGUGCUUAAUGCAUUUCCUGCUAUCCAGCUCUGUCCAGUGACAGAAAUCAAGGUUCGCAAGCAAGGACGUGUGGUCAUGAAGCCCCAACUUCCAUCAGACUCAGAAUGGUCAUUGUGUCGAGGUGAUGUAGAAGUUCAGUAUCCAACUGAAUAUUUGUGGAGUCAAUCAUUUGAUCACGAUCAUUGCUAUACAUUUGAUGUUAAAGCAAAUGUUUCUUGUCCUAAUUGUUUAGUGCUUCCUAUUCUUGUUGAAUACAAAAGACGAGGCGAAGUAGUGGAGUUUUGCCUCACAUUGGAAGCAGUUCACAAACUGUCCAAAUCAGCUGAUUCAUCAAAUUUCAGUUUACCUUCUCACUCUCCUUCCCUUCCAGAUGAGGAACAGGAAGCAUUGUACUUCUGUAGUGAAGAGGGUCUACAUUCUUCUGGCUUCACAUCUUCAUCAGCAGCAGCAAGGGAUAGAACUUCAUCACAAAGAUCAAUAAUACAAAAACCUACCAAUGUACACACUGUCAAUCAAUGUGGUGUUGGCCCCAGUUAUAGCAAAGUUCAAGAGAAAAGUUUAUUGCUAGUUCGUCUUCCUGUUGGAAGUGAAGUUCCUUACACAGGAUGUACUUUCCGGUACAUAGAUACUACAGGUCAGACAGUUGAAGAAGUUCCAGGAGAAAGGCUGGAUAGUCGUACAAUAGAAACUGUUACUCCUGCUUGGCCACAUGCUGAUCGAGUGGAGAUACACAUAUUUUCUUCAGAUGGACAAACUCGUCUCGGAUAUUUUGUACACGUUUUCAUUGACCCGUCUGCAGAGAUGUUACCUCGUAUUGUCAAUGAUUGUGAGGGUGACAGCAGCAUGCUACCAGGAAUAGUAGAUCAAGGGACAGAGAAAGAACAUCCUUCAGUCUCUGUUGCAAGGAGGAGGAGCUUGUCAAGUUACAGAUCUGAAGGAUUAGAUUUACAAGCAAUUGUGUCUGAUGUACAGUUUCUUGAGGUUGGCAAGGCUGUCAGAAGUGAUUGGUAUGAGAUUGGUAUUCGUCUUGGAGUCAACAUAGAAGAGUUGUCUGAUUGUCAAGAACGUUUCCCUCGUAACUUGGCUGCUCGCCUCGUACAUAUCUUCUCACUGUGGAGAAAACGAGAGUGCAAAACAACUCUUGCAAUACUCCUGGAAGCAUGCAGACAAGCAGGUGUUGGUGCAGCAGCAGAGAAUGCAGUGAAGAACGCACCACAAUCAAAGUGAAAUUGGUUAGAAUUACGAGCAAAUUUUUACGUUUUUAAUAUUGUAGCUAGUGUCAAUGCUAUCGGACUUGCUUCUAAGUUUGACAUUUCCAUUUAUAUUUGUUUAUGAUACGGGAAUUUGCUCAAACAGCACGUAACAAUGCGUCAAGCGUACACUCAAAAGGGUUUUCACUUCUGACAUUGUAUCAUACACAGUUUUCUGAUACUCACAUUAGGAGAUGUAUAGUAUGUUAAAACAUUACAACAAGCACUCAAUUAAUUCAGAUAGUCUAGUAUAUAGAAAAAUGCCCGUAUUUCCUGGAUUUGCAUUUCAAGUGUCAUUGUACUUUGUAACGGUGAGAAACGUGGACGAAGAUUCAUUGCCGGUGAUGUAGUUGUUUGCGU